AUGAGAAAGAAACCGCAAGAAAAAUCCUUUCAAACCACUUAUGAAAACGUACAAGAAUGGGAAAAGGCACUCCUUCAUAAUCAGAAUACACCCAACCAUGUUCUUGUAGUUGAUGUGCAUGCAUCAUGGUGCGGAAAAUGUCAAUCCAUAUUACCUGUAUUUGAAAAGAUUAAUUUGGAGUAUGCUGAUGAGCAUCCCCUUGCUUUUGGGGUUUUGGACUCGGAAAAGAUCUUAUCGGAAUUGCAUGAUUUGAUGAAACCAGUUCCAAGACAACUGGGAGUACCCUCAAUGCAGUUACGUGGAUCUUCCAAGAACCUUUUAGUUUUAGGAGAUCAUGAAGUUCUCUCAGAUGAGUUGAAGAAAAAGAAAUUGUACAAGGAAGAUGUCAAAAGAAAAAAUUACAAGGCAACGUUGGAAUCGUGUGUUGGUCUAUCUGAGCCUCAUUUUCUUAUUUUCAAGGAAGGAGAGCUCAUGAGAAAAGUGAGAGGUGUCAAUACACCAUCGCUUCAACGAUUUAUUAUUCAACUAUUAACCAAUGAAGGAACAGAAAAAAAGGAAGAGCAACAUGAAAACGUUUCAGAAAUUAAAACCAUUCAAAUUGAGGAGCCAAAGCAAGAAGUUGUCAUUGAAGUGAAACAAGAAGAGACGAAACCCACAGAGGUAAAUUCUACAGAGACUUCAGAAUCUGCUCCAAAAGAGAAACCUUCUGAAUCGAGCAAAAACGAUACCACCGAAGAGCAAAAGCAAGAAUCGAGCAAAGAAGCACAUCCUUCUGAGGACGAGUCGAUGAAACUCUCACAGGACGAAAAACCUCAAGAUUCACAGACAGCUGAGACAAAUGUAGAGGUCGAUUCUAAACCAACGGAGACUACUUCUGAAGUAACUUUAAAUGCUCAUGAAGAGCGACAGCAAAUGGAUGUAAAUACUCAAGAGACUUCAAUGAAUGACCUAUCAUCAGACCGUAAGUCAAUUGAGGCCGUUCCUCAAGAAACGUCAAAGAAUGAAUCUUUGCAACAAGAACAACCACUUGAACCAACUGAGGAAACUAAGACAGAAGUGAAACUUGAAACUCCUUCGCAAGAGAAGAGACAAGCAGAGGAAAUUCCUACGAGACACCACAACAAGAGCAACAACAAGAAUCGAUUAAAAUGGAAACUAACGAGGAUCAGCACAAGAAUGAAAUGUUGA